AAUUAACCUCAAAAGUGUUAGAUUUUCAUAUAUAAUAUAUUCAUUAAGAUAAUUAAUAAUGUCAGCAGGUUUUAAAGGAUUUAAAGAGUUUUUAUUUUCCAAGCAAAGCUUGAGAUAUGUAUGUUCAACUCAUUUUUGGGGUCCAGUAUCAAAUUUUGGUAUUCCUGUAGCUGCGGUAUUAGAUUUAAAUAAAGAUGCCGAUUUAAUUAGUGGUCCAAUGACUGGUUCUUUAAUUUUAUAUUCAUUGGUGUUUAUGAGAUAUUCAUUGGCUGUGACACCAAAGAAUUAUUUAUUAUUUGGUUGUCAUUUUGUUAAUGAACUUGCACAACUUGGUCAAGGUGCUAGAUGGGUAAAUCAUCAUUAUGUAACUGGAAAGACAGAAGAAAAAGCUACCAAUUAAGAGAAUCAAUGACGAAACGAACCCUUAGUAUGAUAUAGAAGAUAAUGAUAGAGUUGCCUCAACAUUUACAGUACAGUACAGUUCAUUAUUUUUAUUUAUUUAUUAUUCUUAUUAAUAUUACUAAUAUUAUUAUUAUUAUUAUUAUUAUUAUUAU